GUGCGAAAGCUCCGGUUGGAAAUCGCGCAGCGGGACCAGGAGAUCGGCGUGAUGGUGCAGAUGCUCAGCAAGCAGCGCAGCGCCGAGGGCCGCCCCUUUGCCAGGGCGGCGGCGCCCGGCAGGCCGCCAGGCAGACCGUCGGAGGAGCCCGCGGCGGCGGAGCUGGUCGCGGCCUCGUCCACCUCGGCCGCCGCGGCCUCGGCCGCCGCGGGAG